AUGUCCUUCGGUGGUCAAACACCGACAAUCAUUGUCCUCAAGGAGGGAACGGAUACAUCUCAGGGCAAAGGCCAAAUCAUUUCUAACAUCAACGCGUGCCUUGCCGUGCAAGCGACCCUGAAAUCCACCCUUGGACCCUAUGGAGGCGAUCUAUUGAUGGUGGAUGAGAACGGCAGACAGACGAUUACGAACGAUGGCGCGACAGUGAUGAAGCUUCUGGACAUCGUUCACCCUGCGGCACGAAUACUCGUCGACAUAGCACGCUCACAAGAUGCGGAAGUCGGAGAUGGCACGACCUCUGUGGUGGUGCUGGCUGGUAGCAUUCUCAAAGAAAUGAAAGACCACGUUGAACAUGGAAUCAGUUCGCAGAUCAUCAUCAAGGGCUUAAGGAAAGCCUCAGCAAUGGCAGUUAAUAAGAUCAAGGAAAUCGCGGUCAAUACGAGCGCAGCAGAUCAGAGAGAGACUCUCAGCAAGCUAGCAGCUACGGCCAUGACGAGCAAAUUGAUCAAGCGUAACACAAACUUCUUCACUAAGAUGGCUGUUGACGCUGUUCUUGCCCUGGAUCAGGAAGAUCUUAAUGAGAAGUUGAUUGGAGUGAAGAAGAUCCCGGGCGGCUCAUUAACCGAUUCGCUAUUUGUUAACGGUGUGGCUUUUAAGAAGACCUUCUCUUACGCUGGCUUCGAACAACAGCCUAAGACAUUUAUUCAGCCUAAGAUUGCCUGCCUCAAUGUGGAACUCGAGCUUAAAGCUGAAAAGGAUAACGCAGAGGUGCGAGUCGAACAAGUGUCAGAAUAUCAGGCCAUUGUUGAUGCAGAAUGGCAAAUUAUUUACAAGAAGCUCGAUUCCAUCUAUCAAACAGGCGCCAAGAUAGUUCUCAGCAAGCUACCUAUUGGCGAUUUAGCAACCCAAUUUUUCGCUGAUCGGGAUGUUUUCUGUGCUGGUCGUGUUGCUAGCGAUGAUAUGGAACGUAUCAUUCAGGCUACCGGCGCUGUGCUCCAGUCGACAUGUUCUGAUAUCUAUCCUGAACACCUCGGAACUUGCGGAAAAUUUGAGGAACGUCAAAUUGGCGGCGAGAGAUUUAAUUUCUUUGAAGAUUGCUCUGAGGCCAAAACGUGUACCCUGGUUUUGCGCGGCGGCGCCGAACAAUUCAUCGCCGAGGUGGAACGCUCGUUGCAUGAUGCUAUCAUGAUUGUGAAGCGCGCUAUCCUCAACCGCACUAUCGUUGGCGGCGGCGGCGCCUGCGAAAUGGAGGUAUCGUCCUACCUAAGCAACUACGCCGACAAGAUCCGGGACAAGAGACAGGCCGUCAUCAAGAGUUUCGCUAAGGCACUUGAGAUCAUUCCGCGUCAACUGUGUGAUAAUGCAGGUUUUGAUGCAACGGACAUUCUCAAUAAGCUUCGCGUGGAACAUCAUAAGGGUAAUAUUUGGGCCGGGGUGGAUUUUGAGCAUGAGGGUGUCGCCAAUAUGAUGGACAGCUUUGUGUGGGAGCCGGCGCUGGUUAAAAUCAAUGCUCUUCAAGCCGCCACUGAAGCUAGUUGCCUUAUCCUAAGUGUCGAUGAAACGAUUCGGAAUGAGGAAAGCGCAAAACCGCAAGCGCCAGGCGCACUUCCCCCUGGUACUGCCCAACGCGCCUUGCGUGGAAGAGGGAGAGGCAUGCCCAGACGCUGA